UACUGAUUUCAAUGAUGUACUUUCUAAUCUCAUAACUUCAGUGUCCUGAAAUCUGAGAAUUCCACCAAGAUAAUAUGAUAAGAACUUUCAGUGGUUUGGGGCCAUAUCCUACUUAGACUUAUGUGGAACUUCCAGAUUUCCUGAGAGCCUUGUACAGCAGCGCACACUACUUGCUACUCAGCACAGGUGAUAAUGCCAUCUCUGCCUCAAGAAGGAGUUAUUCAGGGACCCUCUCCACUGGAUCUGAAUACAGAAUUACCUUAUCAAAGCACAAUGAAAAGGAAAGGCAGAAAGAAGAAAAAGAAGGGAACCAUUACGGCCAAUGUUGCUGGGACAAAGUUUGAAAUUGUCCGUUUAGUAAUAGAUGAAAUGGGAUUUAUGAAAACUCCAGAUGAGGAUGAAACGAGUAACCUUAUAUGGUAUGAUUCUGCUGUGCAGCAGGAGAAAAUUGCAGAGCUGCAGAAUUACCAGAGGAUCAACCAUUUUCCAGGAAUGGGGGAGAUCUGUAGGAAGGAUUUCUUAGCAAGAAAUAUGACCAAAAUGAUCAAGUCUCGGCCUCUGGAUUAUACCUUUGUUCCUCGAACAUGGAUCUUCCCUGCUGAAUAUACUCAGUUUCAGAACUAUGUGAAAGAACUGAAGAAAAAACGGAAGCAAAAAACUUUUAUAGUAAAACCAGCUAAUGGUGCAAUGGGUCAUGGGAUUUCUUUGAUAAGAAAUGGUGACAAACUUCCAUCUCAGGAUCAUUUGAUUGUUCAAGAAUAUAUUGAAAAGCCUUUCCUAAUGGAAGGUUAUAAGUUUGAUUUACGAAUUUAUAUUCUGGUAACGUCAUGUGAUCCAUUAAAAAUAUUUCUCUACCAUGACGGACUUGUGCGAAUGGGAACAGAGAAGUACAUUCCACCUAAUGAGUCCAAUUUGACACAGUUAUACAUGCAUCUGACGAACUACUCCGUCAACAAGCAUAACGAGCGUUUUGAACGGGAUGAAACUGAAAACAAAGGCAGCAAACGUUCCAUCAAAUGGUUUACAGAAUUCUUACAAGCCAACCAGCAUGAUGUUGCUAAGUUUUGGAGUGACAUUUCAGAACUGGUGGUAAAGACUCUGAUUGUGGCAGAACCUCACGUCUUGCACGCGUAUCGAAUGUGCAGGCCGGGGCAACCUCCAGGCAGUGAAAGUGUCUGCUUCGAAGUUCUGGGAUUUGACAUUUUGCUGGACAGAAAACUAAAGCCAUGGCUUCUGGAGAUUAAUCGAGCCCCAAGCUUUGGAACUGAUCAGAAAAUAGACUAUGAUGUCAAAAGGGGAGUACUGCUCAAUGCACUCAAGCUGCUAAACAUCAGGACCAGCGAUAAAAGGAGAAACUUGGCCAAACAAAAAGCUGAGGCUCAAAGGAGGCUUUAUGGUCAAAAUUCAGUAAAAAGGCCCUUACCAGGCUCGUCAGACUGGGAACAGCAGAGACAUCAGUUGGAGAAGCGGAAAGAAGAGUUGAAAGUGAGACUUGCUCAAGUGCGAAAGCAGAUCUCGCGAGAAGAACAUGAAAACCGACACAUGGGGAAUUACAGACGAAUUUAUCCUCCUGAAGAUAAAACACUGCUUGAAAAGUAUGAAAACUUGUUGGCUGUUGCCUUUCAGACCUUCCUUUCAGGAAGAGCAGCUUCCUUCCAGCGGGAGCUGAAUAAUCCUUUGAAAAAGAUGAAGGAGGAAGAUAUUUUGGAUCUUCUAGAACAAUGUGAAAUUGAUGAUGAAAAGUUGACAGGAAAAACUACCAAGAUUCGAGGACCAAAGCCUUUGUGUUCCAUGCCGGAGAGCACUGAGGUCACGAGAAGACAGAAGUACGACAGCAGUGACAGCAGUUAUGACAGUGGUGGCAGCUCUUCAGAAUCCGACAAGAAUGACAAGGAGUAUGGAGACAAGAAGAAGGAGAAGGAGGUCACCUACGCUCUUCAGCAGUCCAACCACUACAAAUUAGUGCAACAGCCCAUAGGCUCCAUACGACGCUCAGUCAGCUGCCCUCGGUCCAUCUCUGCGCAGUCACCUUCUGGCAGGGACAUCCGCCCUUUUUCUGCUCAACAAAUGAUAUCUAUACCCCGGCCAACUUCGGCAUCUCGGUCACAUUCUUUAAACCGUGCUUCCUCCUAUGUGAGGUAUGUACCUCAGAGUAAUGGAAUCAGCUCCACCAACUCACAGGAGAGCGAGUCUUUGCGGAAGCUGAAAACAAAAGAACAAGAAGAUGAUCUAACAAGUCAGACCUUGUUUGUUCUCAAGGACAUGAAGAUCCGGUUUCCGGGGAAGUCAGAUGCAGAGUCAGAACUUCUGAUAGAAGAUAUCAUCGAUAAUUGGAAGCAUCAUAAAACAAAAGUGGCUUCCUAUUGGCUCAUAAAACUGGACUCCACAAAACAACGCAAAGUCUUGGACAUAGUAAAAACAAGCAUCCGUACAGUUCUUCCACGCAUCUGGAAGGUACCUGAUGUUGAGGAAUUAAGUUUGUAUCGGAUUUUCAACCGGGUUUUUAAUCGCUUACUCUGGAAUCAUGGUCAAGGACUGUGGAAUUGUUUCUGUGAUUCAGGAUGCUCUUGGGAGAGUACGUUCAGUAAAAACCCAGAGGUGAUGACUUCUUUGCAGCUCCAAUGUUGCCAGCGCCUGGUCGAGCUUUGUAAACAGUGCCUGCUAGUGGUUUACAAAUAUGCAACUGACACCAGAGGAUCAAUUUCAGGCAUUGGUCCCGACUGGGGUAAUUCCAGGUAUUUGCUACCAGGGAGUACCCCAUUCUUCAUGAGAACACCGUCCUACAACUUGAAAUACAAUUCACCUGGAAUGACCCGCUCCCAUCUUUUGUUUACAUCCCGAUAUGGCCAUUUGUGAAACAGGAAGAUCGCCAUGAGUUAUGCAUAAUAGCAAAUGAUGUUUCCCCCUUCGAGUUGAACAUGCAGAGAAAGUGACCAUUAAGUGCUGUUUUAUGUAUAUAAGACAUAUAUACAUGUGUGAUAAUAUGUACACACAUGCACUCAAAUAACGUAUAUAUUUAUUAAUAUGAUGAUGAAUGAAAAAAGAGUUAGCAGAAAACUGAUUAUAAGACUUAACCUUUCUGGAAACGAAAUAAACCAUGUUAAAAUUGUUUACACAAAUAUGCGAAUGUCUAGAAUUUGCUAGGUUUAUAAUUAAUUCCUUCCUACUAGAAAUGUUAUUUUUGUUGCAGAGUAUAUAAAACAAUUGAUCUUGAAGAUCCCAUUACGGUGUUAAAUUAUUUUCGAGAUAUCAUGCCUUUUGACUCAGAAAGGGGUUAGUAGUAAAAUACCUUAUUAAUUCUCAUCUACAGCAGCCAUUUAAAAUGAAACAAAAAUAUUUAGAAGCCUGGUGUUGCUCGAUGGUAGCGUUAAGUAUAGAACGGGUUUUAUCAUCACAACAGCACACUGUAAAGUACUAGAAAAUUCAUGACCUGACUCCCCAACAUUUUUAUUCCUUUGUGUGGAAAUUUAGCUACUUAUAAUAAUAUGCAGUUUCAGUAAAGAUCUGCUAAGAUCAUAUUAUGAUCUAAAAUGAAAGACAAUCCCAUGUGUUAAAACUAAAAUGCAAAACUGUCUUCAUUCUUACUUUUCACAGGGAGUCACAUAAAGGAAUAGAAAUUGAUAGUGAUGAUAAAAAUCUUCCUGCAUGGUUUUGUGUCUCAUAUCACUUGUUUUUAUUUGGAAAGUAAAUCUUUGAUGGGUUUAACAUACAGUGAAAUACAAUUUCUUCUGUUUUGCAGAAACUCAUUUUGAUGUAAUAAUGACUCACACCUGCCCUAGGAAUCACCCAAGAUUGAGACCAACUUAACACUGCAGAGUCUAACACAGUAGUUUCUCAUUGCAUCAUACAAAACAUUUAGAUGAUUGUGAAUAGUAGAUUCCAGUUAUUACAUAUUACUGAUCAUCGAUGUACCCUUGAGGGUUUUAUUUUAAAUCAAAAUAGAGUAUGACAUUUUCUUCCCGUCCAAAGUUAUUAUGCAUAAGUUUCACAGCAAUGCUUCUUUUUAUUUAAUACUGUUUUCAAAACAAUGAAUGAGCUUUCAGUUUUCCGUAAAAAAUAUAAACAACCCAAUUGCUGAUACUGAAAUUCCCAGAAAGUGCAAUAUUCACUUUUUAGAAUUUAUUCAAACUUUUCCCCCCAACAGUUUUAUUUUCUCACAGAUGCUAAUUAUUUUCAAAAUUCAGGAACCUUAUACCUUCUUUUAUUAUCCUAAAAGUUAUUUCCAGUAAAUCAAGAAAUGGCCCCACAGGAGAAGGACAACUAAGAGGGGGCAAAUUGGCCUGAAUUAAUUCACAACCUGGAUAAUUUGCAACCUAAAGUUGUAAGUUAGCUGUAUUUUGCUUUUGAAGCCAUCUUCUGAGUUUGUUGAAAUAGUUCAAAAUUUCCUCAAUUAUUGCUAAGCACUUUAUGACUAUAUAACAUGCACAUUUCUCUAUAUACUUUUCCUGUGGGAUGCUUCCCAAAGAAAAAUGUGCUAUUAUCCUUGUGGAAGAAAGGGACAAGGAUGUCAGAAUGAAGGAACUUCAAGUGUACCAUUUAUGACUCCAUUUUGUGAAUCUUAAAUAUGUCAUAGAUUUCUUACAAUAAAUAAUGUGAAAAUUGGAAUAUUACAAAAUGACCAUAAGAACAAUCGACAAGCAAAUCUUUUCAUGAAGAGUUUUUACUCAUUAUUUUGAAAGUUCAUGGUUUGGCGAGAAAGGAGGCAUAACUUUUAAGUGUUUAAAGUUUGUUAGCCACUCAUUUGCAUAAGCCAAAAUCACAAAUGGCCACUUAAUUUGCUACUGCGUAUGCUUUGGAACUUUUGUCUUUAGUUAUACAAGCGUGAAUUUUUUUGUGUAAAACAAAAAAUAAGAAUGGCCAACAUUGGGAGGACCCCUUGCGCCAGGUCGGAAAAAAAAAAAAAGGCACGCAAACAGAACAUUUUAAAACUAAGAGUAAAUGUAAAUUUAUGAAACUACUCGAUGGAUUGAAGAACAGAUUUCAUUUGUCUAGCUACUUAAGCCUGGCCUUCUUUUUGAGUAUUAGAAUUUCGUUGCCCACAUUUACCUAUCGGUACUGAUCUAGUUUGAUGUGAUGUUGUGAAUAAAAGCCACGUGCUCACUAUUCAUAUAUACUUGCUGGUACGCUGUGGAUUACGUCUACUGAAGAUCUGUUCCCUAAAGAGCAGCUAAGAAGAAAAGACACAGUAAGCCAUGGAAAUCUCGAGAGCCAUAGAAAUGUUCUAGAGGUACAAAUAUUCCUUAUUUUUUAUUAUAAAUUUUUUAUUCUUAGGGUUAAGACAUACCAGCAUAAUUGAUACUACAGAUCUGAUUCUGAGAAAACAGCUUUACCUUAAAAACCCUAGAAGCUAUUUAGUCUUACCAGAGGUUUUGCCUUAAUAGGCAAUUCAUUUUACUGACAAUGAAAGCAUAUUUUCAUCCUGUUAUAGAAAAACAUGUCGUCGCUCAUUCAGGAAAUAUCAGAUUGGAAUGCUUUUUGGAACUACACAAGAUUGGAGUAAUUUCCAGACUUGCUUAAGAAGCAACCUUUCUAUUUUAAAUUAUCAUCUACAUACAUGGUCUUAGAGGGCGAGUUAGUUUUCAUUUGAAUAGUCUAUCAUUGUAGAUGAGUUAUCAUUUGCUCUGUGUGGUCUGUUGAAGGAACUUUUGUGAUUCUACUUUGAUUAAUUUUACUAGCAACAAAUUUUACUUUAUUAGCAUGUAAUUUACAUUGCUCAUAUAAAAAUGAAGUGUAACAGGCUCAAAUAUGAAAAUAAGCAAAUGGUAACCUCUGCUUAGAACAAAGUUGAAUGUUCUUGGUUAUCUGUAAGAUGUAAAGAUCUAUAUAAAUGUUAUCAUGUCUCAAAAUUAGGUCUAAGUGUACAAAAAGCUUCAACUUCUUCCUCCUCCCUAAAAUAAAACCAAACCAAGCCCAAACCAAAAAACCCGACCUUCUUUUCAUCUCAUCUGUAUACACGACUAGAUAAUAGUGGCUUCUAGACAUAAAGAAAAUGAUUUCAUUUUAACUCUCUUUUUAAUUUGUAAAGUAUAUGAGUAUGGGAUGUUAUCUAACUUGAAAUUUCAGAUGUUUCGAUAUUAAUUCAUUCAAACACUAUUCUUUAGCAUGUCAUAGUAAUUCUGUUUAAAAAUUCUCUUUCAUUCUAAACGUUCAUUACUUGACUUUUUCAAAAGUACCAAAAUGCAUAAACACCAUUAUUUGAUUUUAUAUAAAGCACUGAUUAAUUCUGAAAUGUAUAUUCUUAACAGAAUAAUAGCAAAUACCUCAAGAGCGAAGAGAACGUACUUUCCUUUCCUGUUCUAUAUUGCUAAUUUACAUUCUGAAUCUUAAUUUAAUUCGUCCUAAGGAUUAAACAAUAAAAAGCAUAACUGUAUAAUUAUGUUCUUGUGACCUCAUGAUUUUUGAAAAUUUAUUUUUCUUCUUCAAUUAAGAAAUUUAAGUUUUCAAGCACCGUAUUAGUUAUCUAAAUAUUGUGGGUUAAUCUUGGUUUAUGAAUAAAUUAUGAAUGUAGAAAUUACUCAUGACAAUGAAAAUUUUGUUCCUUAUACUACUGUUUUCUCAUUCAUUGGUUACCACUUUUUUUUUUUUUUUUUAGUUCAGAGUUCCUUAUGGAAGUUCGACCUUUGUGUAGACAAAGUCAAGAAAAGAGAAUUUCUGCCUUUUAAACAUUGGUUUUUCUUGCAUUUUAUGGUGGUGUGGCUUUGCCUUAGUGACAACAAAACAUAGAUAAAAUAUAUUUUUGGAUCAGUUCAGUUUGUCUGCUGAGAUGUUUUAAGAACCAGGUUGCAGUCUUUAUGCCUAAAAGCGCAUUGAUUGUCAGGAUUUACAUAAAGCAAGAUGCCUGGUUACAGAUAACAGUCUUGCAACCAAAAUUGGUAUAUUAAAAUUUACGGCACUUUGAGAUUGCUGGCCUUUUUUGUGGGGGUUUUGCCUUGUCAUAUAUGAGUACACAGUAUAUUGAAGGAAGAUUACUCAGGUAACACAUUCUCUAUUAACUGGGCUGCAUUAUCUAAGAAGAGCUACACAAAGCUAUGAUUUUUAUCCCUUCCUAUUAACUUGAAGCUAUUGGUAAAGACAUCCAUCAAUAGAUUAAUAGUUCCUAAAUUAGUAUGAAGGCUCACCUUACAAAAGUAAUCCAAUAACAUUGUUCUUUCUGUCUCAAAGGCUAACAGUAAUUCUUGGUCCUGAGUUGUUCGGUUCUCACAAUCACUACUGUAUGUGCUACAAAGUCUGAAUGUUAAUGGAUUUGCUGAAGAUCCCAGCUUUGAGGAUUAGCUUGAAAACAAUACAUUUGCUAACACGAAUCAUGACUCAAAUUAUCCCCGUGUGCUUUACUACCUGUAUAUGAAUGCAAAUGUUAUAGAAAAUAUGCUUGAAAUGUCAACACGGUGUGCAAUUAGCAUUGCAUUGUCCUGCUCCAGCAUGUGAUAUCUGUAUGGCGAAGUUAUUUCAAUUACUCAGAUAUGUUACUGUAAUAAAAUAUGUUAAC